AUGCUGGUCAAGGCAGCCGUCAGGCCGUGGGUCGCUGUGUCUGGUGGGUCAAAACGGACAUUGGACUUUUCAUACCACUCCUGCCGUUCGCUCUCCACAUUUACACUACCAAAGAAGUCGUUUCAAUUGCGAUCGCGGCCCCCGAUACAAAAUGCCUCUGGCUUAAUAAGGAUAUCACCAUGGAGCCCUGUUCUCCUUCAAUCCGCCGGGCCAUCAUCCGCUCGUUUCAAUUCCACAGCGACGACACCUAUGCCACCAAGUGACCCUGCCGCAUCUGUACCUGCGGACUCCGUCUUAGAUGCGCCGAUAUCUGGCGGUGCCCAGUCAAUUGACUUGCUUUCUGCCGCGGACCUUGCAAACGUGGACAUUUCCCAAAUUCCUGAAAAGCUAGGCUACCUAAAAGCAGUCGGCUUAGAUUAUGGAUGGGGCCCUUCACGGGUAAUAGAAACCAUACUGGAAUCAUUCCAUAUUUACGGUGGGCUUCCAUGGUGGGGUGCUGCGAUAGGUACUGCGGUGUUCCUGCGUGUCCUAGUGUUGAAAUUUGCCAUGGAUGCGUCCGAUACCUCAGCCAAGGUAGCCAGUGUGAAACACCUAACUCAACCACUCCAAGAGGAGGUCCAACGGUGCUAUAGAGAAAAUGACACCGUUGGCAUGCAGCGUGCGCAGCAGGAGCGGAAAAUUAUCAAUGAAACACACAAUAUAAAACUCUUGAAAUUGGCCUUUCCCUUGGUGCAGGUUCCACUCAGUUUCGGCGCCUUCAGAGUUUUGCGGGGCAUGUCUGCAUUGCCAGUGCCUGGAUUGGAUUCAGAGAGUUUCCUUUGGCUUCAUAAUGUGACACUGCAUGAUCCCUACUUCAUUCUCCCCAUAGCAACCGGAAUUGUAAUGCAUUAUACUUUCAAGCUUGGUGGUGAAACCGCUGGUGCAAAUGACCCUACCACGAUGAUGGCCAAACCAAUUAUGCUCUACGGUUUGCCAGUCUUAUCGGCCAUUUGCACAUCAUUCCUACCAGGGAUCCUCCAAAUGUUCUUUGCUACAACGUCAGUACUAGCGAUAGGCCAAUCCUACGCGUUCCGAAACUCUUCGUUCCGAUCCAUGACCGGAAUGGCGCCGUUCCCCAGUCGCCCUGUCACUCCCGGCGUUACUGAGCCAAAAGUGCGUAUCCUCGAAGCUCGAGCAAAUAACUCUGAACAAUCCCCUACCCAUAUCGAGACCGUGCCAAAAGCCAGCUUCAUUGACCGAUUCCUUUCCAGCUUCCAAAAGUCCAUUAAAAGUACCCGUAAGAAGAUGGAGAACUACACUGGUCAAAACAAUAAGGUCGAGAAAUAUGCCGACGGUACUCCCAAGGCCCGCAUGACCAAGAAACAGCUUGAGGACGCUAUUGCUUAUGAGAAUAGACGAAGGGAAGAACUCGCCAUUGAGCGAGAGACGCGGAAUAAAGAGCGACAAAUGGAAUAUAGGCGGAAAGCUGUGGAGAAGAGGCGGAAACAGAGAGAGAUAUGA